CUUCCGGUUAGGCCUGCCUUGUCACCGGCGGCCCCGCCCGCAGUUCGUGCUGUAGCCGCGCGGGGCUGCGUGGCAAAGCGGAGUGCGAGCGGGGCUUCGAACCGCGCCUGGCUUCUUCCUCUCUGCAGGGGCCGCGUGCGGGCCCUAAGCGUUCGGACUGUGAUGGAUGGGCCCGGGCUGAGGAGCGCGGCCCUGCUGUGGCGUUAAAGCCUGUUCGGUUCAUGGGGGAAUUGGACGCAAAAAGCCCAGAAUCAGCAUUUACAGCGGGACAGGAGGAUCCCGGGGGUGUCCUGUGCGAAAAGGCACGGGCAACGUUACAGCCUUCGGCAUGUGUUCCGUCAGAGUGUUUGUGCUGCCAGGAGACUUGGUCACAAAUGUCAAAAAAGAAAGAAAGAAAAAAAAAAAGGGUGAUUUUGCUUAUUUAACUCAUGCAGAAUGGUGGCUGUAGUUGUGGAUCCUCAGUGUGGUUCCCAGGUGGUUGUACUGCAGAUGGGAGAUGGAGCACAGGCAGUCACUGCAUCCAUCAGCUCUGUUUGCACCUUAUAGGUGUUCCAAAGCAGCUCAACUGACGUUGAGCAACAUCUGAGUUUCCCAACAUGGUCACCAAAUCCCCCCAAAAAGGAGCUGGAAGCAGAUCUUCCACAGGACAUAACAGCUUCUGCCAUGUAGCCCUGCUUGUGUGCCCCAAAUGUUCGCUUUGGUGGCUGCUUAUUUAAAGAAAAAACAUGUGCCAACCCAAAGGCUGAGAACCCACAAGUUGGGUGCCUCAUAGCCACGGUGUGGCAAUGGAAGGUGAUGCGUUUCUGAAUGCAGGUCAGGUCUGGAAGCGAUCAGGUUGGUUCUCAGUUAAAAGGCUGCAGUGUGUCUGGGGUUACCCAGCGGGAUGUGGGUGUUGUGUUGGAUCCUGCAGCUGAAAACACAACCGGAAUCUCAGCUGGGCAUUUCCUGAGGUAGUGGUGGAGGGGCUCAGGUCUGGAUUACAGUCUGGAUUACAAGCAAUAUAAAGGAAUAAUGAUAUUGUGUGAGCUUCAGCAUCCCACUGCUGUGAGUCUGCAUGUCUGCAUGCUUUUCUUGCCGUUCAGCUGAUACGUGAGGAGCCAAGCAGCUGGAGCACCGUGGGGAUGGCAUCCUGCAGAACUACAUCGACCAUUUGCGUGCCGUGGCUGAUCCUUUCUCUGGAAGCUGUCUUCAUCGUCCUCAUUUAUUUUCUGUUCUCAGACCAGUAUGCAUUACUUCACUACACAGAUUUGCAGGAUGUCAGCCACAUGCUCAUUUUUGGAUUUGGCUUUUUCCUGACGUUUUUGAAACGAUACGGGUUCAGCAGCGUGGGAUUCAACCUCCUGAUCAUCGUGCUUGGUGUCCAGUGCUCCAUUCUGAUGGAAAAUGUAUCAGUUUUCCCGACAGAAAGAACAGUGGAAGAUGUGUUCGGAAUAACGGGAGCUGCUAUGAGCAUGGUUGCUGUGGUCAUCUCCAUUGGAGCUGUUCUUGGGAAGAUCAAUCCCAUGCAAUCCAUCGUGAUGACAGUUGUGGAGAUAAUAGUUUUCCGUAUGAGCAGAUGGAUCAACAUGCACGUCCUGAAGGUUUCAUACCAUGUAUGCAUGAUGCACGUUCACCUGUUUGGGGCAUACUUUGGUCUGGCUGUCUCCUCACGUUUCCCUGAGCCAUCACUAAGGGCUGAGAAGAAUGGAAGUACUUCAAAAUCGGACUUACUGUCAAUGUUGGGCACUCUCUUUCUGUGGGUGUUCUGGCCAAGCUUCAAUUCUGUACUGGCUUCAGAAAAGAAUAAAUUGAUCUUUAACACCUACUUAGCACUUGCAGUGAGUGCUGUGACUGCCUUUGCGUUGUCUGGUCUGACCACAAAGGAUGGAAAAUUCAGGAUGACUCAUAUCCACAGUGCAGCGCUGGCUGGUGGGGUUGCUAUCGGUUAUGCAGCAGACAUUAUCGAGUAUCCCUGGAUUGCAAUGAUUUUGGGUCUCCUUGCUGGUGUGAUAAGCACGCUAGGAUCCUUCUGUUUGCAGAGUUGCUUGAACCCUACUCUCAAGAUUCAUGAUGCAUCUGGGGUUCAUUUCACGUUUGGUUUGCCUGCUGUGUUUGGAGCUCUUGCCCGAGUUCUUUUCUGUGUGCUGGAAAUCCAGACUAAAUCACCAAGCAUUGGCCACGAGGUCGCAAUGAGCAUCGGAGCCUUCUGCUUCACCAUCAGUGCUGCCCUGAUAACGGGUCUGAUUACAGGUUUAAUCCUAAACCUCAAACUGUUGAAGCCCAUCCCUGUCUCCAAGUAUUUUGAAGACCAGAUGUACUGGGAGUUUCCUCAUCUGGCUGUUGGAUUUUGAAUGGAUGAACCUCAAUGGAAAACUUGACCAAGAUCCGUAUUUGUCAUUAGAGAAAAUGAGUAACUAUGAUGAAACAGCACUUAAUUAUUAGCACACUUACAAAAGCCUUCCCAAUGGACACGUGAAGAAUCUGCAACAAAACGUCCAUUAUUUCUGAACAAUCAGCACAUAUAUUCACAGAUGGAGAAUUACAACACGUUUUCUUUUCUGUUUUGAUCAUUUUACCUUAAAUAUUUUUGUGGGAUGUGUACAGAAAGCUGCUGUCGUGGCUUAUCCAUUAAAAUGCUUGAAGCUUUUAAAGCUGUAUUUAGUUCUGAAGUUUAAAAGUCCCAAUCUGUGCAGCACGCAUUUAUUCUGAUCUAGUGAAGUGCUGAAGUUCUUGUUUGUAAGUUCAAUAAGUUCUGCUGAAGGCCCUGUUUUGAUGGCUGAGCCAGAACUCCACACUGUGCCAGGCUGAAAUCGUGUCACCAGAUAAAUCUGCUCUUGGCUCAGCCAAGAUUUGGAAGAUCUGAUGGCAAGAAAUGAUGAGCAGAACUUGGGUUUGUGCUGGGGGGUGGCCAGCCUGGAAGAUCUGGAAACGAUUCCUUAAACACUGCCAGCUAAAGGCCUUACCUUGAUUUGAAUGAAUGGAAGCAGAUAUUGCUUGUAGAGUGCUCCUACCUGCAGGGCUCUGUGCACGAGGCACAGCCUGCUCAGUCAGGGGAUGCAGUGCAGCCGUGUUUGUAAGUGCAUGGUGCUCCUCAGCUUUUUCUUCAUUUCAAAAUAGUUGACGUUUUUUCCUUUAACUGCUUACAUAAUUAAAGAAGUGGAACCUUGGCUGUUUUUAUUUACUCAUCAACCUUGCUUAAAAAUGAAGGAAUGAGGCAAACUGUAACACUGAAAACAAGAGGGGGAGUAUUUGAUGCUCGCUGCAAUGUCUGCUGACAUCUAAUUUGUUCAUUAGGGAAUAAACAAAGCAGUUCUGCAAUUAAAGGAAGCUGAGACAGAGGUCCAGGUAACUUGUAGAGGAAGUGUCACUGUUUCUUAUUUCACAAAACAGCCAGCCUACUUAUUAAUAGUAUAAUCUACUUAUUUAUCAGCUGCAUGCAGCUUUUACCAGCUGACAGUUCAUUCAGCACAGCUGCCUACACCUUUAUGUGCCUCCUUAUCACACAUUCAGCACAUCACUGCCCUGGCAGUACUGUAAUCCAGGCUGAACUUGUGACCUUCAGUUCCUCACAUUCCAGCACCCACUGAACAUAAAGACACAAAGACUUCUUCCAUGCUUCUGCUGUCUUCCAGCAGGAGUGGUGGUAAGGAAUAGUGUUUCAUUCCUCUGUUUCUCUCACAUCUCUUUGCUCCCUGAUUUCUUGAGCAAGUAACCAAGCUGUGUGUAGAGGAUGGGGCAAAACAGCUCCUCUUGUAUCUCAGAGUUCAAAUGAAUACGGAUCAGAAAUCUCUCUUGCAGGGCCUGUCCCUGGUUUAACUCCCAGCUGAGGAGUGUUCUUCCUUCCUUUUAUUGUGGUUAGGAAUUAAGUUUACAGCAGGCUUUGUGGAUGAGCUCCUUACAGCCAGAACCAGGACAGAACUUUCACUGUGCCUCUGCAGUGUCUGAGCAGCAGUGAGUUGUUCACUGCCCUCACCAUCUUUGUGUUGAACACUCAGGGAAAAACAAGGCCCAAAGCAGCACAGCUUAACGCAGGAAAAAACACAAACCAGUCAGAUUUGAAAGUGAAGAACUGUUUAUAUUGUCCAGAUAUAGGAAAUACUUAAUAAAUAUAUGUUAAAAAUUGGUUGUAAAGCAAGUAGGACUUGGGUUGUAAAUAUCAUAGAAAGUGUGAAAUGGUUAAAUGCAUUAAUCUUCCACUAUUCUAUUUUCUUAUAGCAAACAUCAUACAAAAGUGACUUCCAUUGCUACUUGUAGCAGUUUUACAGGUCAGAAACAUUGCAACAUUGAAAUCAAUAUAACUGUUCUUAAGGUUUUUUCCUUUAAAAAAAAAAAUACAACCAGGAUUUGUGGUGCUGUGAUUUCACUUCUCCACGUUUUACCUU